AGAGGCCGCGUGUGUGCAGCUGGUCCAUCAUUGGGUGCAAUUUGUGCUUCGGUGUGGUGUGUAUGAGCUCUGUGGAUCAGUAACUCAAACCAUGCUGUUAUUUUACCUCAUGCAGUUCACCUGAAGUUAAAGAACGCUGGUUAGAUACUGUUCACAGGAAAAUUACAGAAGCUAGGAAGAGGACCGUUACGAUUUCGCCACCUCCAAGUGUCCUCAUGAAGGUCUUGAGCAGCGCCAUGACAAAUAAAGAUCUGAGUGGAGGAGGAAUGGAGGACACCGUCAUUGACCUGCAAAUUAGUGCUCUCCAUGGCAACGGCAACGGCUCUUCCCUGCAGUGCAAGACAGAGCAGGCGAUUGCAGAACACUAUGGGAGUAAGUGGAAACUGCUCUCCAAGCUGAAGAGAAGAGACACACACACAGGCAUCCCAACACGGCCAGGACACAAGACGAGCCUGCUGUUUGGCCAGCCUCUCCCUGGAAAUGCUAAAAUCCCCAAACCCAUCGCUGAUGUUCUUGUGCUGUUGUGGAGGAAAGGUCCCGAUACAGAGGGAGUUUUCCGGAAACCGUGUAACAUCAAGAACCUGAAUGAUGUCCGGGAUCAACUCGACUCUGGGGUUGAGGUGGACUUGGAAGCGCUGCCUGUGACUCUGCUGGUCGGAUUAUUAAAGGCUUUCCUAAAGGAGCUUCCAGGAAGUCUGCUGGUGGCGGAGCACUAUGCUGAGUGGAUAGAAGCACUGGAGGACAAGAAGAAAGAGGAGAGCCAUGCUGAAUUGAGAAGGAUUGUUUCCAAACUCCCUGAAGGCAACAGCAUCCUGCUGCAGCACCUGCUCUGUUUGCUUUGCCACAUUAUCCAGCAAUCAGAGAAGAACAAAAUGGAUCCCAAAAAUUUGGCCAUCUGCAUUGGACCGACUCUGCUACAGCACAGCAGCCAGUCGCUGGAUGUGAGCAUGGUUGAAAAGGCGGCAAGCUUAACCCAGUUCCUGAUUGAAAAUUGUUGUGAAAUCUUUGGAGAAAAGAUCCUGACUCUGCUUGAAGACCCAGAAAAAGAGCUGGAACUUAACUCAGAUACCACAUCUUCACACCAGCACGAUUCAGCAUAUGACAGCACUGAUGGAGAGAGUGGAGAAGCGACAGGGCACACACAGCAAACAUGUCCUCACAUCCAUAUCCAGUGUUCAACCAGUCAUUCCCAUUCCUCAGAAGACAUUUCCGAGAGUUUCACACAGCCCUUCGACCGGCGCAGCUCUGAGCCUGCUAUCUUUUCCUCGGUCGGGGUGAAGGACCUCCGAUUUCUGGCACGGAGUCACGAUGACUGCUCUUCUGCGAAAGAGUAUGAAGAACAGCCGAUGAAGAAGCAACAUUCUGAUGACUCGUUCCUACGAGCCCAGGGGAGACAGAUGCAACCUUUACUGAGAAAAACGACUGGCAGUCUAAACCUUGAAGUACCAGUCAUCACCAAAACGUGCUCCUGUUCCUCAUCUUGCUCUCUGGAAAGCAAUAACUCGAACAUCUCUGAGAAUUCAGUGUUUGCCACGUCUCCUUUGCCUUCUCCAUCCAGCCCUCGGAAAGCACAACCUGAGAGACACAUGUCUCUUAAUGGAAAAUCCAAAAUGGACAUGACUUUAAGGCGGCCGUUUCCAUUUAAAAGGGCCAAAAGCCUGGGAAGUUUCUCCAUCAACAGGGGAAGCAGCAAGAAAACCGAGGCACAAAAAGAGGGCACUUUUCCAUGUGGAACGUUGCAGGAGGACUCUCAGAAUGAGGCAGAGGUUCCAGAUGAGCCAGUGAGACGCCAAAGGCCACUCUCUGCCAUAGAGGUCUUUCAGCAUGUGGACAGACGUGACCCUGGCAGUCCGCCAUCCUACCAACAGGCUGUAAAUUCCGGAGUCCUGCAGGCACCUCCGAAAUACCCUUCCAUGACUGUCCAUGAUGCAAGAGAGCUCGGCCAAAGAUCUCGGCCCGUCUCUAUGAACGAUUACAUCCUGGACCCUUGUCCAGUUAGCCAAAUUCUGGACAAUCUUAGCUUAUCGGACAAUGGCUUAGAUGCACCUCAGCAGUGCUCAUUUAGGCAAAGAGCCAUGUCUGAGUCGAUAAGCUGCACCAGGAUCGAAAAACUCCAGCGUCGGUGCAGUCAGCCUGUGUUCGAGGAGCUCUCAUAUGGAAAAGAGUCAUACGUGUAAAUGAGUACUUAGCUUUUUGUUGUUUUCACAAAGCACUUAUUAGGCGGAGUCAUUCCCUGUAAAGCAGUGUCAUUCCCCCCCCCCAUUUCUAAAAGCUAUUUAAUAUGCUAAUGUAAAAAUAAUAUCACCAGUGUGAAGCUAUGUUUAUGUACUGUAAAUAUAACAAUAUGUAAAUAGAACAGCCUUUUAAAGGACAAUUCAAUGAUUUACUUUUGCACUGGAGCACCAAGGCUAAUAAUGCUAACAAGUAAAUCUCUCACCAAAAAUAAAUAGCUGCUUCAAAUCACAGCAAUGACUUCAGGAAUGUCAUGUAGACACAGCAAUGUAAUGGAGGACAAUCUAUCAUCUGUAAACAUGAACAAAACUUCACGGUAUAGCUGGACACUUUAAAUUUUUAUGAGGACAGCCAUCUUGAAACGAAAAUCACUUUUUUGCUUAACUUAAUUUGGUGUCAUUUUGCCCCCUGGGCAACACCUCCCAAAGUCUGAAAGUGGAAUUUUAUCAGAAACUGGAAUGUUUGUAGAUAAACAGACAAUUCUUGCUGUUUUACAAACCCAUACAUUUAAAAAUGACAAUCCUAUUUGAAAAAUACAUGAAGAUUUGAGCAGGUAUUUGUAAAAAGAAACUGGGUCAGAUUUGUGUCUCAGGUUCAAAACUUAAAAAAAAGCAAACUUCAACAUCAAGCAUGUCCUGGCUGAUUGCCUAUAUUUGCACAAAUUUGUAUAUAUUUUGUUUUACCCUUAUUAUUCUUAACUAUUUGACUAAAACGUUUAUUCUUAGGUUUUCUGCAUACGUCUCUGGCACUUUCAUGAUGACACUUGUACAUUAGAUAGAUGUCUGUUUGUGUGUAUAUAUAUGUAUUCGAUGUGUUAAUAUCCCACUUUCCUUCACUACAAUAAACUUCACGUUCUAUUAA